AUGGAGUGCAUCUGCCUUUUACUCACAUCAGUUGAAAAAUACCUGGAAAAUGGAAAGUCUCGCAUGGACGACUAUUUCAGCAACAUUGAUAUACUUAUUAAAAACGGGAAAACAUCUUCUCGGAUUAGAUUUAUCGUUAAGGAUGUGCUGGAUUUGAGGAGAAAUAACUGGGUACCUCAACAUAAGAAUAAUCAGCCUGAAGCACAUGUAAACCUGAGCAUUGACCCCGAAGAGCAGUCAUUACGAGAAACAGAAGACAAUGAAAAAGAACCACAUAAUGAGACUGAUAUAUUUCCAAAGCAAAUCACAGAAAGCUAA